GGAAAGCGCGAGACAAAAUACUGAUUGCUGCAUGAUUCGCGAUGUUCUCAUUGCUUAUUAAAAGUUAUACUCCUCUUAACUCCUUGUGAUACUUGACCCACGAGCAGAAUAAUUACACGACACAUGUCUGGGUUCUGAACAUAGAGAGAACAUGUGGAGUCGACACGCAGCUCGGGAGUGAUGAGCUAACUUAAUAAAUGUUCCUCUUUCUGACACCUCCCAAGGCUGCUUACACUGACCGUUACGAUAAUUGAUUUAACAUUUUACGAUGUUAUGUCAUCCCAACUGUAGCUUUAAUUAAUAUAAUGAACGGCCGCUGACUUUUAGAUAUAAUGUAAAUAAUGCGUAACUUUGCUAAAACGUUGGCAAUCGCCACUGCACCGACGUUGCGCUGCCGCCGACACCUCGUGAUUUGCGCCGAUGGGUCACGUGGUACAAUUAAACCUUAACGAGAGCCGCGAGGAUUUAUAAAGCACCGUUUCAGCAGACUCUGGUAUCGUGACUGAAAUGCAGUAAAGACGCAGUCAUGAAUUUUCUGCGGUUACGGUUUAUAGUGACGUUGUGUACUUUGGGGUAUUUGUUAGGUUUGAGUCAAAACUGUGGCCCAGAUGAGUGGCAGUGUGAUGAUGGCGCGUGCAUUGCGAAGGCCUGGCACUGUGAUGGCACAGGAGACUGUCUGGGCGGCUCUGAUGAAAUGGAUUGCGCUUGCUUGUUGGGGCAGUACACGUGCAGGGAUGGCUCCGGUUGUGUGAACCGCUCCCUGGUCUGUGAUGGCCAGCCACAAUGCAGUGACCGUUCUGAUGAGGCUGAGUGUGGUGGCUCUAUAGGCUGCCUCCCAGGAGACUGGCAGUGCCGAAACAAGAUGUGUAUUCUCCCCAGUUAUGUGUGUGAUGGAAAAAAUGACUGCAUGGACAACUCUGAUGAAGAUGAUUGUGGUUUGUGUGGCACUUCCAGUGUCCGCUGUCCCAGUGGUGUGUGUUUGUCAGCAGCCCAACGGUGUGAUGGAAAGGCCCAGUGCUCAGAUGGGAGCGAUGAACCUGCAACCUGUGGCCGUAAAUGUUCGCAGGGUAAUGGUGGCUGCAGUCACACGUGCACAGAUGCAACCUGGGGGGCCUCCUGCUCCUGCCCUCAUGGCUGGAAGCUCUCUCCCAAUGGAACAACCUGUGAAGAUAUUGAUGAAUGUGCAGGUCCUAAUGGACCAUGCCUGCAGCUCUGUGAGAACAUCCCUGGCUCUUUUAUUUGCCGUUGUGCUGAAGGCUUUCACCUUGUAAGGAACACCACCUGCUGGACUGAAGAAAACCUCCCCAUGAUUUUAACAUCAAGGAAUAAAGAUAUUCUGUUCCUGAACUCAAUGACAGGAAAAUAUAAAGUUCUCAGCUCCCUUAACAAUAAUGUGGUGGCCCUGGCUUUUGACUUGCGGAGAAAUCUUUACUACUUGGCUGAUGACAAAGGGAAUAUUAUUAAGCUGGAGAACAAGUCAAGCACGGUCCUCUAUUCUGGGAUGCUUGGAGUUAAAAGUAUAGCCUGUGAUUGGCUCUCAGGGCAAAUUUACUGGUCCAAUAAGAAGGCAAAAUCCAUCCAAGUAGGGAUGGUUGAUGGGAAUGGUUUUGCCACUGUAUUGGCAAAGAAUAUUAACCCUGGAGACCUGGUUCUUCUGCCCACUGAAAGUGUUAUGUUCUGGAUUAAUGAAAGAAGAGAUGGUGGGACAAGCAUUGAGAAGGCUGGGAUGGAUGGGUCUAAGAGGAUCACACUGGUGGUGACCACAGUGCAGCAGCCACGGGGAUUGACUCUGGCUGUUCCUACACGUCAACUGUACUGGAUUAGUGAUUACAAAAAGUGCAUUGAGGCAGUGAGGGUGGAUGGGACUGGACGCCAUACCUUUUGUGGCUUCUUCACCGAGAGGACAGUGCUGGGUCUGGCAGUUUUUGGGGAAUGGUUCUACUGGUCUGACACAAGACAGCUGUGGCGUGCUCCCCAAUUUCAGCCCAGUCAAAAGAUACUAGUUCUGAGGUCCACACUACCCUUGCUUGCAGUGCUGCAUGAAACGCAACAGGCUCAAGGGUUGGCAUCACCAUGUAUUAAAGCCUCCUGCAGACUGUGUCUGCCUUCCCUGGAGAAUCCACUAGGCUAUACUUGCACCUGCCCUGAUGGCAAAGUCCUCACUCCUUCUGGAGACUGUCAAAAUAUUAAAAUUGCUUAUGCAACAUCUACAAGUCUGUAUACUGUGGAGUUUAAAGAAAAAGAUCUUGUGAAGGAUUUGAUCUUAACAACAGAUGAAGAUAUUCAGUCCUUUGACAUAGACUAUAAGUGGGAAUGGGUUUUCUGGGCCAAUGGUACAGGCCAUGUAAAGGCAAAAAGCCUUUACCAGAACCAGUCUGUAUACAUACCAGUGCUAAACCAAGUUUGUACAGUCAGAGUUGACCCUCGCUUUGGGAACCUCUACUGGUUGUCCUGUGAUGGGCAGAGUAUAGGUGUUACAGGAGUUGCCCAUGAUGGCAGUGGUUCCUCCAAACAGCUGUAUCUCACAAGCAAUGAAAUCAAUGAUUUGUUUAUUGACUGGCAAAGAGGCAAACUCUACUGGCUAGAGAAUGGGCAGAUCUUUGAAGUAAGACUAUCUGGUGGAAUUGCAGAGAAAGUCUUAGUCUUUCAGGGUAAAGACUGUCACCUAGCCUUGGACAGGAAGGCCAACAGCUUCUUCUGGAACAUGGGUGGCCUACAGGUGAUUAGUCUUCUGAAGAGGAAGUAUUUGUCUGUUACAUGGAAUGUAACUGGGUCAAUAAUGGCUGCUCAAGAGCCCUUUUUGGUGUCCCUCCUUUCUGAUGUCAUCACAUUGUGGGAUCGUAGAAAUGGCAGGCGUGUGAGAAGUGUCCCAGUGGAAAGUGGCGUUGUUGGGCUGGUUGUGCUCAAUCCUAUGGAACAAGAGCUGGAUACAAUACCAGCUUAUGCAGUUUCAUCUGUGCUUCAUGGAACAUCUGCCACUGAAGCAUCUACCCAGACAAUGAGCUGUAACAGUCCCUCAUAUUUAUGUAAUGGGACAUACUUAUGUAUCUUCCAAACACAAAUGUGUGAUGGGAAGCUGGACUGUCCAGAUGGGUCAGAUGAGGAAUCUUGUCUUGAGGCCUGUGUAAACCCAGCUGACUUUCUGUGCAAAGAUAGACGGACAUGUAUAAGGGACAGUAUGGUGUGUGAUGGUCACUCCCACUGUUAUGAUGGUUCUGAUGAGGUGGGUUGCCCCACCAUGGCAGUGAGGGUAUCGGAUGCUACACCCUUGCGGUGCCGCAUGGGUUCCCGACUGUGCCGGGAUGGCAGUGAAUGUGUCCUCUACCAUCACUUCUGUGAUGGCGCACUAGACUGCAAGGAUGGAUCUGAUGAGGAUGACUGUGUUCUACAGUGCCAGACAGGCCAGUUCCAGUGUACCCAUGGGAGGAAGUGUAUUGAUCUAAGGGAAGUGUGUGAUGGGGUAGCACAGUGUCAGGACCGGUCUGACGAAAUGGACUGCUGGAGGCCAAGCAAGAGCUGUGCCCAUCGCUGUGACAACGAGACUCGCUGUAUCCCAGAGUCCUUCAUCUGUGAUGGAGACAAGGACUGUCUGGAUGGCACUGAUGAAGAAGGCUGUGAAACAACAAUAUGUAAUGGUCCAUCAGUCAUGUGCCAAGGGACCUCUCUGUGCAUCAGCCAGCAACAGUUGUGUGAUGGGAAGCUGGAUUGUCCAGAUGGAUCGGAUGAGACAUCCUGUCUUAAAACAUGUAAAGACCCAGGUGAAUUCUUGUGCAAAGAUGGACGGAAUUGUAUCAAGGAGAGACUGGUGUGUGAUGGCCACACUCAUUGUUAUGAUGGGUCAGAUGAGGCUGGCUGUCCCACUAUGGCACCAACGGUGUUGAAUGCCAUGCCUCUGAAGUGCCGACUAGGUUUCAGACUUUGCAGAGAUGGCAGCGAAUGUAUUCUUGACAGUCAUUUGUGUGAUGGGGAGCUUGACUGCAAGGAUGGGUCUGAUGAGGAUGACUGUAUCCUACAGUGCCAGACAGGGCAGUUUCAGUGUGCUCAUGGAAGGAAGUGCAUUGAUGUAGAUCAGGUUUGCGAUGGAGUGGCACAUUGCCAGGACCAGUCUGAUGAAAUGAACUGUUGGAAACCAACUAAGAACUGUGCCCAUCGCUGUGAUAACAAGACCCGAUGUAUUCCGGAGACAUUUCAAUGUGAUGGAGAAAGGGACUGUUUGGAUGGCACAGAUGAAGCAAACUGUGAUAAUGUACCUCAUUCAGCUUCAAUCAGUCCUUCAGUUCCCGUUCCUAUAGAAGUGCCUUUGGCGUGUGUCAGCCCCUCAGUCAUGUGUCUUGGAACAACUUUGUGCAUCAACCAGAGACAGUUGUGUGAUGGGAAGCUGGACUGUCCUGAUGGUUCAGAUGAGGCCUCUUGUCUUAAAACAUGUGCAGGUUCAGACUUCCUAUGCAAAGACAAACAGCGUUGUGUCAAGGAGACCAUGGUGUGUGAUGGCCACUUCAAUUGCUUUGAUGGUUCAGAUGAGCUGGGCUGUCCUACGGAGGCUGUGAAGGUCCUAAAUGUUAGGCCCUUGAAGUGCCGCAUGGACUCGAGACCUUGUCGGGAUGGCAGCGAAUGCGUUAUGUACAGUCAUUUGUGUGAUGGAGAAGUGGAUUGCAAAGAUGGUUCUGAUGAAGAUGAGUGCAGCCUGCAGUGUCAGACAGGACAGUUUCAGUGCACACAUGGGAAGACCUGCAUUGAUGUGAGGCUGCUAUGUGAUGGGAUAGCACAGUGCCAGGACCACUCUGAUGAACUAGACUGCCAGAAGCAAUCAAAGAACUGUGCUUAUGAGUGUGACGACAAGACCCGCUGUAUCCCAGAGGAUUUCCGCUGUGAUGGAAAGGAGGACUGCUUGGAUGCCACAGAUGAAGCAAGCUGUGACUUGGUUAUGAAUCCUACAUCUGGUUCUUCCCUCACAGUCACAAAGGUGACUUUCACUUGUAACCAUCCCUUGGUGAUGUGUCAAGGGGUACACUUGUGCAUAUCUAAAAAGCAGCUAUGUGAUGGAAAACCAGACUGUCCAGAUGGGUCUGAUGAAGUCUGCUUAAGGCAGUGUGCAGACACAGAUUUCAUGUGCAAGGAUGGUCAGAGUUGUAUUUCAAGGAACCUGAAAUGCGAUGGACACAUCCAAUGCCCAGAUGGUUCAGAUGAAACCAACUGUUUGGAGCCCCCUUUCUGUAUUCUGUACUGUGACCAUGGGACCAGGUGUUUAGCAAGUCACCAGUAUUGUGAUGGGACACCAGACUGCCAGGAUGGCUCGGAUGAGAGGAAUUGCUCUUUUGACAGCGCUGAUGCCUCAGCAGUGGACAUUCUGGUGGCAGCACCCCUAAAGUGUCGAGUGGGUUUCCGACCUUGCCGGGAUGGCAGAGAAUGUGUCCUGUACAGCCACCUGUGUGAUGGAGAGCUAGAUUGCAGAGAUGGAUCUGAUGAGGAUGAGUGUGUUCUAAAAUGCCAGACAGGGCAGUUUCAGUGUGCCCAUGGCAAGAAGUGCAUAGACAUGAGGCAUGUCUGUGAUGGGGUGGCACAGUGUCAAGAUCGUUCUGAUGAAAUGGACUGCUGGAAGCCAACAAAGAGCUGUGCUUAUCGUUGUGACAACAAAACCCACUGUAUCCCAGAGUCUUUCCACUGUGAUGGAGAAAAGGACUGUCUGGAUGGUACUGAUGAAGAGGGCUGUGGAACUCAUGGAAUUUUGGUGCCUACUCUAUCAGUCAACCCAGCAAUGUUUAAAUGUAAUAGCCCCUCAGUUAUGUGCCAAGGGACCUCUCUGUGUAUCACUCGGAAACAGCUGUGUGAUGGGAAACUGGACUGUCCAGAUGGGUCAGAUGAAGCCUCAUGUCUUAAGGCCUGUGUAAAUCCAGGUGACUUCCUCUGCACAGAUAGGCAGACAUGUAUAAAGCACACACUGGUAUGUGAUGGCCAUUCUCAUUGCUUUGAUGGGUCAGAUGAGCAGGGCUGUUCUGAAGUGACUAUGAUGUCAAAAGUCACACCUCUGUGGUGCCGCAUGGGCUCCCAGCUUUGCCGAGAUGGCAGUGAGUGUGUCCUGUACAGCCAUCUGUGUGAUGGCGAGUUGGACUGCAAGGAUGGCUCAGAUGAGGAAGACUGUGUCCUAGAGUGCCAGGCAGGGCAAUUUCAGUGUACCCAUGGGAGGAAGUGUAUUGAUCUGGGGAAGGUGUGUGAUGGGAUAGCACAAUGUCAGGACCGUUCUGAUGAAAUGGACUGCUGGAAGCCAACAAAGAGCUGUGCUCAUCGUUGUGACAACAAGACCCGCUGUAUCCCAGAGUCCUUCAUCUGUGAUGGCGAGAAGGACUGUCUGGAUGGCACUGAUGAAGAAGGCUGUAAUCCUGAAAUAUUAGUUUCACCUCCUGUACCUGCCAAGCCAGAAAUAUCCCUGUGUAACAGCCCUUCAGUCUUGUGUCAAGGGACCUCUGUCUGCAUCUCUCAAAAACAGUUGUGUGAUGGAAAAGUGGAUUGUCCAGAUGGCUCAGAUGAAAGCUCUUGCCUUGAGGCAUGCCCAGAUCCAGCAGACUUUCUGUGUAAAGACAGAAGAACAUGCAUCAAGAGGACUUUAUUAUGUGAUGGCCACUUUGACUGCCAUGAUGGCUCAGAUGAAUUUGGCUGUCCCACUGCAACUGUAGCAGCAUCCAAGGCCGUGCCCCUGAAGUGCCGCAUGGGCUCACGACCUUGCCGUGAUGGCAGUGAGUGUGUCCUGUACAGCCAUCUGUGUGAUGGAGAGCUGGACUGCAAGGAUGGCUCAGAUGAGGAAGACUGUGUCCUACAGUGUCAGACAGGGCAGUUUCAGUGUGCCCAUGGGAAGAAGUGCAUUGACAUGGGACAGGUGUGUGAUGGCAUUGCACAGUGCCAAGACCAGUCUGAUGAAAUGGAUUGCUGGAGGCCAAGCAAGAGCUGUGCCCAUUACUGUGACAAUAAGACCCGCUGUAUCCCUGAGACAUUUCUCUGCGAUGGAGAGAAAGACUGUUCAGAUGGCACUGAUGAAUUGAAUUGUGUGGCAGAAGAAUGUGGCUGGAGGGCAUUCCGUUGCCGCAGUGGCCAGUGUGUGGAGGAAAGCAUGCGUUGUGAUGGCUUUGUGGACUGUCGUGACCACUCAGAUGAGGAGGGCUGUACUAAGCCCCCACAUUGCCCCUCUCAGCGCCAUUGCCCAUACAGCCAUGAAUGUCUGCUGGAGCAGUGGCUGUGUGAUGGUGAGGAAGACUGCCAGGGUGGGGCAGAUGAAGAGAACUGCAAGGUUUCCCUGAUGAAGUGUGGAGACUUCCAGUGGUCAUGUGCAUCUAAGACCCAGUGUAUCCCUGCCACUUGGCGGUGUGACCACAUGAAGGAUUGUGGUGAUGGCAGUGAUGAGGCUGGCUGUGGCCGGGUGAAGUGUGCCCCCCAUCAGUUCCAGUGCAUGACUGAAGAGUGCUUGGACAUCAGCCUUGUGUGUAAUGGGGUAACAAACUGUCUUGAUGGUUCAGAUGAAGGGGUGACCUGCCUCACAGAUACUUGUUGGAGUCCAAACCACCCUCCUUGUGGCCAACACUGCUUCAGCACACCUCAUGGCACACGCUGCAGAUGUGAUCCUGGCUUCCGCCUCCAGAGUGACAGUCUGUCCUGCACAGAUAUCGAUGAGUGCAGCGAGCCCUACAUGGCAGCUUGCAGUCAUGCCUGCCUCAACAUGCGGGGCUCCUACAUGUGUCUCUGUCACCCAGGAUAUCUUUUGGAGCCAGAUGGCCAUACCUGUAAACCUAAAGAGGAACCUUUUCUCCUGGCCUCUCUUCGCCAUGAACUCCUGCUCAUCCGACUCCAGAGUGGGAAUCGGGAUAUCCUCUUCUCUUCUGAUAGCAAACCAGUCUUCUCAAUAGACUAUGACUGGAAAGAGCAGAAGGCAUUCUGGGUAAGCUUAGAGGAAGAAAGCAUAAGGUGGAUCUCCCUGGAUAAGCAGAACAAGGGAACUGUAGUUAAAGGCAUCAAGGCAGACUGUAUUGCUGUUGACUGGGUAGCUCGGAACCUUUACUGGAUUGAUGGCAUGGCAAGUCAGAUUUCUGUCAUCCAGCUGGACGGUGGUGCUAAGAAGCCUCAGGAUAGUAUAGUGGUUCUGGAUGAAGACCUGGUGCAACCACGUUCCUUGGUGGUCUUUCCUCUCAAAGGAUUGAUGUUCUGGUCAGAGUUUGGCAAUAUGCCACAGAUUGAACGUUCUGGGUUGGAUGGCUCCGAGAGGAAAAUCUUGCUCAAUAACGGAGUCAACUGGCCUGGCGGCCUGACAGUUGACGUGCUUGAUGAACGGAUAUACUGGACUGAUGAAAAGCUGAAGUGCAUUGGCUCGAUCUCACUAGAUGGUGGUGACAUAAUGCUUCUGCAGCUGUUUGAAACACCCAGCCCCUUUUCUGUGGGGGUUUUCAGUGACAGAAUGUUUUGGUCUGAUGCCAAGAGGUGGACUAUCCAAAGUGCCCACAAAAAGACAGGAAAGGACCGCAAAGUAGUGCUGAAACAGCUCUGGCAGCCUUUUGGACUUAAGAUUAUCCAUGCCCUGCAGCAGCCCAACAUUUCCAACCCUUGUGCUGCACUUACCUGCUCUCACCUCUGCCUGCUGGGUCCUGGUCCAGUGGCAGUCUGUCGUUGUCCUGUGGGCCUUCUGCUAGCUGUAGAUGGAAAGACCUGCUCACCACCCACUGACUCAACUUUCCUUAUGCUGUUAUCACCCACCAGAGUAACCCAGAUCCUGUUGCAGGGACUACGCAGCCCACCAGUGAGAGAAGAAUGGCCAGCCCACCGUGCUUUGCCACUGCCAGGUGUAGGCAAGGCUGUAGCUGUAAACCUAGCACUGGGAGAUCGUGCUCUCUUCCUGGCGGAUGAGGACCGAUCCUCUGUUACCAUGUUUAAGUUUGGCAAGGAGGGUCUGCAGCGGGGUGGGACAGCUCUUCGCUUACCAACUGGUGAUUCAGUGACUGCGAUGGCUGUAGACUGGGUCACGUUAUGCCUGUACUGGAGCAGCAAAGAGCAGCCACGCUUGCAUGCAACCUGUGGCCGUGGGGCAUUCACUGUAGUGCUGCUUGCUGAUGACCUUCAGUCACCAAUUGCCAUUGCCCUUGAUCCUCCUUCCGGGUGGCUCUGCUUUGCUGACUUGGGGCAGCCAGGCCGCAGGACUCAGUCCCAGCUGGAGUGUGCCUUUAUGGAUGGCCAGAAUCGCAUAUUGGUUUGGGACAGAGCCUUGAUACCAGUCUCCUUAGCCCUCUCCAGUGAGGCCACAGAGCUCUACUGGGCAGAUGCUGGUAUGGGAGUCAUCGGCUCCAUUCAGAUUGAUGGCACCAGAUACAGGGAAUACAAAACUGGCCCUGGACUAAUUGUGUCAUUUGACUGCAAUGACAACAUCCUCUUCUGGCUCACUCGCAAUGACACAACCAAAGUGUGGUACAGCGAUCACUUCACACCCAAACGGUUGUGGUUCGAGGUGAAGACUGAUGUGGUGGCGCUGAAGGUUUACGGCAAGUCCAGCCAAAAAGGUACCAAUGACUGUGCAGUUAAGAAUGGGGGCUGCAGCCAGCUGUGUCUGCCAUUCCCAGGGGGACGAACAUGUAAAUGUGCCCAGGAUCACCCCCUCAAUGCCAGCUGUGGGCCCAAUCCCCAGUGCCCCCCUGGUACCAAGCCCUGCCAGGAUGGCCGCAAGUGUCUGAGCAACGCUAGGUUCUGUGACAAUGUUCCAGACUGUUUGGACCGCUCAGAUGAGGCAGACUGUGUUAAGAGUGGGUCUGGGCUAGAAUCCAGCACUGCACCCAAAGAUGUAAAGCCAAAGCCCCAGCCUACUGACCACCCACUGGUCCGGGACCUGGACUCUCAAUCAUGCAGUGCAGAACUCUGUCAUGGGCAUGGAUACUGUGUGAGACAGGGAGGUGACACCCAUUGUGAGUGCCAUGCUGGAUACAGUGGACUCUUCUGUCAACACCAGAACAGUGGCUCCAUGGGGGUCCUGGUAGCCCUGGGUCUUCUUGGACUUGUGUGCUUUGCUGGCCUUGUGUUCUUCAUCAAAAGAAGGGACAUUUUAUUGAGAAUGAGAGGACUAGAGCAGUCAUCAGAGAAGCAGGUGCUUGUAACAGGAAGACAGGAACAUGUGUCCUAUGCACAGUGUUUCCCCAAUGACUUGUACGAUCCCAGCGAGGAUGUGCAACCUAGUACUGCCUGAACUUUUCUGAUUAAUAAAAUGUUGC